CACUGGUCAUUCCAAAGUAGAACAAUACAAGACACUCAAAUGUUUGCUUCAUUCUCUUGCCUUUCAAAAUGUAUCCUUUAUUUUAUUCAUGUUUCCUUCAGAGUUCAGUGACUUAUGAAGGCUCUACUCAGGGCAGUAAAUUCUGAAGACCCACAGCUUCCCAAAAUGAGGAAAAAAAGAAGAAAAGCUUAUAAAAGAUGGAAAAUCUUGAAUACUACAGAAUGUACAUCUCAGGCUUCUGGUCAUGCAAUCCAACAAAAUAUAAAAGAUGUUGAAAAGGAAGUCAAAGGAGACACCUCAGAGGCUGUGUUUUACCAGACUGUUUUACCAUUAGGGAAAUCUAAGGAAAAUGGAAGUGAACAGAUGUCCGAUUCUGUGAACGGAAAGCAGAAUUCCUCUUUUCUUCCAAAAGCUGAGAAACAGUCUCCAUCUGACAGCAAAACACAUAGACACAAAGAAAAUGAUGAUCCUCCUUUGGCCAUCUCUCAUCAACUAAAGAAAGUCUUACCCGUGGUCAUAUUUAAUGACUGUGGAGAAUCAUUAUCAGGAAAAACUACACUACCAGAUUUCCCAAGCACAGCAGAAGGUUUUAAACCAGAAAAAGGUAGAUUUAUUACAGAAGUAAAAUGUGGAGCUUUCAAAGUACAAGUAGAAAUUAAGAAAAACAUUUUCUGUAAAACAGGUACACGGUUCUCAACAAAGAGAUGUCCAGCGUGUCACCAGUUGUUUCCUAUCAGACACAUCUGGAAAUGCUGCCCAGCUAAAAGAUGUUUUCCUAAACAUAGUAAUAAAUUGGCAGAAGAAUUAAAAUCUGGAGUUUCAUCUAAAUACAGAGAAGUUGCCAGAACUGAGAGCCCCUCCCUGAAAGUAAGCAUUGUAGGAAAAGAAAUUAAAAUUAAAUUCAUGAGUAAGAAACAGAAUAUCUUAGUUAACAUAACUCAUCCUAAGAGAAGAGGAAGGAUAAACAAAUACAGAAACAUUUCCUCCAACCACGCCACUGAAGAGCCUUCCAGGUCUCCUUCUCAUUCUAGUGCUAAGCACUCUGGAAAGCAGAUCUGGGAAAAUAAGCACCAAAACGCAGAUUGUCUGCAUGACUCCCCUCCUAAUGUGUUCACUGCCCAGAAGGAGAACUCUGACAUAGCUGUGGUUUCUCUCACCUCAACUCUUAAGAAAGACAAACGCAAGCCCGACUCAUUGUCUUCAGGCUCAGGUGGUUCUGAAGGAGAAUCUACCAUCUUGAAGCAAAAGGUCUCUAAAAUUAGUCAGCACUCUUCCCAAAAGUUACACUUCUCUGCAGCUGACACUCUUCACAUAAAUGUUUGUCCUACUUCAUGUGACACCCAACAGACGACAAGUUUAAGUAGGACAGAUGUAAGCAAAAUGUCUUCUGAAGAACCUAAGGAUGGGGAUACAGGGAGAAAGUCCAAGUUUGAUGUCUCUGGAACUAUCACAGCAGACUCAAAUACACAGCAAAGCACAGAAGGAAAUCAUUUGCUAAGUUCCACUACUGACAUCGUUCCCAUUCAAGAAGGCUCAGAGUCUGACUUCGGUCCUUUGUCUUCUCUAAGCACACAGCUCUUAGGAGAAAAGUCAGCCAAUGUCAACUGCAAAUUCAGCAAAAGUCCACCUACAGAAGACUGUGAGAACUCAGAUGUUUCAUUCCCUCCCAGCCAAAAUGAUCUGAAGCCUUCUACCUUGUUUAGUCCAUCUCACUGGGCCACCAAAGAGAUACUAGAAAACACAUUUUCUUUUACCCACUGUGCUGAGCUAGUGACAGGCCAUGAGAAAGACCAUGGUGAUAUGACUGACAGAGUCGUUUUAUAUGGUGACACUUAUGAAAACACAGAGCAAUUAGUGGAAAGGAAGAGUACACAAAGUCCAACACUCAGAACUGUAUCUUGCAGCAUCCUAGAUGCUGGGAAUCUGCUCCAUAGCAUUAGCCACAGAACUGUAAAAAUGGACCAACAGGAGAUACAGGCAAAUCAACCAGAGAUGGCAACCCCCAGCCAAACAAAAGGGCCAGUCAUGGCUUCCGUAACAGAUGAACUAGAAAGAAAAUUAAUUACUCAAAAUGAUAAAGAAGGUACAGUUGAUUCUAACUGUCCUCUGGGAACGAGAAACCCUAAUGAGUCACCCAAUUCUGUGGGAAAUGAUGAAAAAGGUAAGUGUCAGAUAACAUCAGUGGUAAUAAAUGCAUUCCACAGAGAUUCUGAAGACCUCUCCAGCGAGACUCAUGAUGAAGUCUGUUUUCAAAUAGACCUUCCAUUAACUACUGCUGAGUCCAACUCUACCAUGUCUGCUACGGAUGAGCUGUUUCUUAUUGAGAAAAUGCUACCCGGGGAUGAAGAUCAAUAUGGUAACCACAAUGAAAGGAACCUUGGACCAAACAGUUCUUCACAGGAGCCAGCAGAAUACCAAAAGAUCACAGCAAGAAGACCAAAUUCUGAAGAAGAUCAGAAUCUAGAAAUCAUUAGCCUUCGAAAGCUGUCCCAGGAAUUGGCUCUGAGAGGAGGAAGAACCAGCGACAGUUCCCAGGAAGAUGCAGUUGACCAAUGGGCCAGGAGGAGGCAGCAACUUAAGGACCAGAAGAGGUGCAGCUCGGCCGGAGGGAGCUCCUUCGCCAGCAGCAUCACCGAAGGGUCCAUUACCUCAGAUGAUGGUCGUCCCAUGGAUUUUGGCUUUCGAAUUGAUAUUGAAGAAAAAGGAUUCUACACAGAGAACUUUCAUUCAGCAGCCUGGAUUUUCAGAGGAGAUGAUGGGAAUCCUGAAGACAGUUCUCGAUGUCUUAGUAAAAAACCACGACCAGUAGCUGUUCGUGAGAGAACUGUGAGAUUAUUCAAAGGAACUGGAGACUGUCCCUGGGGAUUCCGAAUUCAGUUCUCGAAACCCAUCGUGGUUACUGAAGUGGAUGCUAACAGCGCCGCCGAGGAGGCCGGGCUCCGGAUUGGAGACGUGGUGCUGUCGGUCAGUGGCACCGAGGUCACCAGCACCGAGCACGCGGAGGCUGUGCACCUGGCCAGGAAAGGUCCGGACAUCUUGACUCUAGUGGUGGGAUCUGACAUCAGCCUCUGUCCCAACACCCCGUGGCCCACCUGCCGUGGCUAUCUACACAAGAGGACUCACUCGGGCUUCAUGAAGGGCUGGAGGAAGAGGUGGUUUGUGCUGAAGCAUGAUGGCUGUCUCCACUAUUAUAAACAUAAAAAGGAUGAAGGAAAAUUACCACCACUAGAAGCAAUAAAAUUAGAAGGUGCUGAAGUUUCUGUUGAUAGCAGCUUUGGAAAACCAUUUGUAUUCAACUGUGUCCCUCAGUCUGGAAAUAGAAAUUUUUGCCUAUGUGCAACCUCAAACCAAGAAAUGAAAAGGUGGCUGGAAGCCAUGGACAGAGCAGCCCACCCCAUCCACCAGAACCAUGUGUGGGAAGAUGUUACUCUGCACAACAGCAGUCUCCCACCCCUGGCUAUCAAGGAGCCUGAGUGCCUGGGUCUUCUGCACCAGCUGGAUAGAAGCAUGGAUGCAUGGGUCCAGCACUACUGCAUCCUGAAGGAUGGUUGCUUAUAUUUCUAUGCUAGCAUCCGCUCCACCCAGGCCUCUGGUGGCCUCUAUCUACAAGGAUAUAGGGUGAGUGAACAGAUCCAUAGCUUCAAAGAAUCAGUAAUUGAACUCAAACCUCCAUCAGAAGAAUUCAAGACUUUCUAUUUCUGUGCAGAAAACAAGACAGAAAACCAACGAUGGAUUACAGCUCUAAAAACAUCUAUCAAAAAGUGGCUUCCUUUGCAUCAGGCUAUUCAAGACUUCAUGAGUUGACCUGUUGAAAAAACCAAAAUGUGAAAGAAAGUAUAAUUAUUAAGGAAAAGCAUCCAUAAGAUCAGUACCAGCUUAUUGCAAGAAGAAACAAAACCUCACACAGCAUUCCAAAUUAUUAUUCCUCUAAUGUAUUAAAACUUUGUAAUAAGAUUAUGAUUUUGCUUUUGAUCCAAUAAACCAAUACGUAAUGCGAUGUUCAGAUAUACCAAUAAUACCAAUAUGUAAUGUGAUGUUCAGAUAUAUCAAUAAUAUCAUAAGCUGCAUAUUAGCAUCCCCUAGCAUCCCCUAGUCCCAUCUUUUGAAGAAUAAAUAUAUUAAAAAUUUUAAA